AUGGUUCAAGCAUUGCCCGUGCGUGCAAUCAAAGUCGUUGAUUUCUUGGUGAUACUUGAUGAAGUUGUUGCUUUUGUCUGCAUUCAUUGGCUUGUUGGAACAUUUGAGAAUACAAAGGGGGCCGGAACCAACAGGAGUAAAAAAAAAAAUCGGAGGAGAAAGGAUCAAUCAAAGGUGUUGCACGAUCUUUCUUCUGCUUGCCAUGUUGGUGAGGUUAGCAAUGGUUUGUUUGCAUCUUCCAGUGCAUGUUCAAAAUUUCAGGAUUCUGCAGUUAUGAGUUUUUCCCUAAAGGUCGAGUUUGAUGAUGGUGAUAUUGAUGAUGAUAUAGAUCCUGCUUUGAAGGAAGAACUUGACAGGGAAGUGGAGGAUUUUGCACGAAGAUUGAAUUCAGAUUGGCCAGAAAGAAUGCAAGAAAUUUUAUCUUUGGGCCAAGAAAGAAGGCUGAUUACUCGUUUCUUAUUUGGUGGUUUGUAA